AUCUGAUUCUUCUGUGUAUCAUCAUCCGCGCGCGCUCAGGGCGGGUCGUGUGACGUCACGCGCGCGUUCAUCGGUCCAGACACUCGGCGAGUCCGCGCGACCGUAACAGAUAUUUUGUUUUUAACCCCGAAAGCCUCGAAAAAAACAUCAAUUGAAGAGGAGCGAAGGGAAUAAACAAAGAGUGGAAAUGUCUGUGGCGGGCCUGAAAAAGCAGUUUCACAAAGCGACUCAGAAAGUCAGUGAGAAGGUGGGAGGAGCUGAAGGGACCAAACUGGAUGAUGACUUCAAAGAAAUGGAAAAGAAAGUGGACACAACGAGCAGAGCUGUGCUCGACAUCAUGACCAAAACCACUGAAUACCUGCAGCCCAACCCUGCGUCCCGGGCUCGUCUCAGCAUGAUCAACACCAUGUCUAAGAUGCGCGGGCAGGAUAAAGGUCUCUGUUACCCGCAGGCGGAGACGGUGCUGUCCGAGGCGAUGCUGAGGUUCGGCCGCGAGCUCGGGGAAGAGUCCAGCUUCGGUUUGGCUCUGCUGGACGCCGGUGAAUCCAUGCGCGAGCUCGGCGAGGUCAAAGACGCUUUAGAUAUAAACGUCAAACAGAACUUCAUCGACCCGCUGCAGAACCUGCACGACAAAGACCUCAAAGAGAUUCAGCACCACCUGAAGAAGAUGGAAGGUCGUCGCCUGGACUUCGAUUAUAAGAAGAAGCGUCAGGGGAAAGUGACGGAGGACGAGCUCAAGCAGGCGCUGGAGAAGUUCGACGAGUCUAAAGAGGUCGCGGAGCAGAGCAUGUUCAACCUGCUGGAGAACGACAUCGAGCAGGUCAGUCAGCUGGCGGCUCUGGUUCAGGCUCAGGUGGAGUAUCAUCAACAGGCCGCUGAGAUCCUGCAGCAACUCUCCAGCAAGAUGGAGGAACGGAUAAAGGAGGCGUCCAACAAACCGCGGAAGGAGUUCAUCCCCAAACCGCGCUUGGAGCUUCACCUGCCCAGCGAGAACCACAACGGAGGAAUCAACUCUGCCAGAUCACCUGCGCGCUCACCAGCGCCGCUGGAUCAGCCGUGUUGUCGCGCGCUCUACGACUUCGAGCCGGAGAACGAGGGCGAGCUCGGCUUCAAGGAGGGUGACAUCAUCACUCUGACCAAUCUGAUCGACGACAACUGGUACGAGGGCAUGAUCAACGGCCAAUCAGGGUUCUUCCCUAUCACCUACGUGGACAUCCUGGUCCCGCUGCCCCACUAGGCCCCGCCCACUACUGGUCCAGCCUAAUUAGGCUCCGCCCUCUCCACUCCUGUCUAAUUAGGCUCCGCCCACCCCGAUUUGUGCUACAGCUUCACUUCCUGUUCCUGUGACUCGGAGGAUGAUGAUGGUGAAGGUCACAGACAUUACGGAGUCACAUCUGAGUGGAGAAACAGUGCUCAGUGUGUGUGUGUGUGUGUGUGUGUGGAUUCACGGUUCCAGAUUAAUUUAUUUGUGCGUGUCACUUCACUCCUGGUAAACCUCACUUGAGGUCACUGCUCACCGAGUCCGAAAUUUCCGCACGUUAAAAAAUAAACACGACCUCACGUUUUGUCAAUCACGUUUACACACUGCCUCCGAACGUUGUAUAAAAAUUCGUAUCGGGUUCGAUUUUCUACGUUUUUCGCGUCCAUAACAAGUACAAUUCACAGCCACCGAAUGACUAAUACAAACACGUGGGACUCAGUGUGCAAGGACUUUACUCCAGAUCUAUCCCAGCAUGCUUUGCGGAGAGUUCUGGGUGGAGGACAGAUUACGUCACCGCUCGCUGUUUGUUACGCGCGUUAAAUCACGCUUUUCUCCGGACUGACGUUCUGCCGGAUCCUGCCAGAAAAGAUUUUACUGCCUGCCGAUGCAUUUUACACGUAAACUUGCAAAAACACAUGUUCUUCCUCAGUGUUUCGGUCUCGUUCUCCAGCGCAAAUAUAUAAACAUUCUUAAAACCAAGAUCUCACGAUUCGUUUUUAUCCCUUUCCAAUCGAAUAAAAAAAACGAAAGGAAUUAGCUUUUGGAGUUAAACAUUUUUGGUAAAAACUAAAAAGUAAUUGCGACUUUUUUUUCCGUCAGUUUUUCUCUCACAAUUACGCGUUUUUUGCCACAGAAUAAAAGUCUUUUUUUUUCUUGCCAAUUAUAGAAUAUAAGAUAUUUCCGCUGGAAAACAAGAAAAAAAUGGUAUCACUUUACAAGAACGUUAAUUAUUGUGUUAACUAACAACGAGCAAUACAUUUGUUACAGUAUUUAAUAAUCUGUGUUAAUGUUAAUUAUCAGUUCAUGUCAGCUCAGGUUAACAGAUGCUCUUAAUAAUGAACUUGGAAAUGUUGAAAUUAACAUUAGCUAAUGUUAUUGUAAAGCGCAACUUAAAAAUACUAAGUAAGAACAUUUUUUUUUGCAGUGUGGUUUGUUCGGGUUAUUUAUUCUUCUUAUUGUUCAUCAUUUCCAGUGAAAUAUGAAAUGCAAUAAGGAUAUUGAGCACAAAGCUGGUUUGUUUAAACCAGUUACCCUCAUAAACUAGGUUUGUUUGAUCGAAGUCUUAUUUUUGAAAUGAUAAGUGGUAUUUCCACGAAUGCCAAGUGCGCUGUUUUUGCCGUCGGUUUGUGUGUGUGAUCGUUGGCACAUUUACUCUAAUGCUACUGUAUUUCAGUGGGUAUUGUCGGUGGCGUGAUGUUUGUGAGCACUGAAACUGAUGGACUGCAGCGGAUGAACAUGAUCGCCCGUCUCGCGACUGAAGUGUAGCAGCGUUUGAUGUUUUAGUGGUUGAUGGACGUGUUCUUCAGCACGGCUCGCGCUGUGUGUCGUUUGAUGCCUUCAACGUCUCCGGCUUUCAUUUGAAACCCGUUCCGUAUGUCGAUCGCUGCUCGCGGUCAGGCCAGUGUAAACUCGCUUCUCCCGCGGAAAAACAAAAAAGUAAAAAUAAUUGCGACUUUUUAUCUCACAGUUACGACUUUUUUCCACAGAAUUCUGAGCAAUUAAAUCUCGCUAUUCAUUUUUUUUUCGCCACGGAAUAAAAAUGUAAAAGUAAUUGGAAUUUUUUAUCUCACGAUUAUGAAUAUUUUCGUAUAAAGUUUAAAUCUCAAAAUUCUUUUUUUCUGC